AAGGAAUAAAAACAAUGUUAUAUCAUAAAUUAAUAACAUUAUCGAUUUCAUGUAUAGUACAAGUUAGGAAAUUGCAUAAUGAUGUCACUCAUUCUUUGACAAGAAAGUGUUUAAGUCUUAUGCAAUUACCACAGUACAAAGACAACUCAAACUAUUUACAUACAAAAAAUGAUAAGAUUAAUGGAGUUUCUGCACCACUUUCCAAAUAUUUAAAUAAUAUGAAUCCAACAUUUAAGGAGAAAGUUAUAAAAAAUUGUUUGUCAUGGAAUGUAAAUAUGGUCGAUCCAUAUUUAAUAAAUGAUAAUGUAAGCAAUAAGUUUAGUACAUUGAUUAAAGAUGAUUUAUUAGAAAAUAUGUGUUAUGUGAUUGAAUUAAAUCCUGGCUAUGGUUUAUUAACAAGAAGGUUGUUAGAAGCUGGUGUACCAUUUAUGCAUUUGUAUGAAAGUCAUGAUGCAUUUUAUCGGGAACUACAAAGUUUAGAAGCAAUCUUUCCUAAUCGAGUUAAAAUAACACAAGCGAAUCUUCUUAAGAUGCCCAAAAUGUUAAAUUUAAAUAGGUCACUUAGUGCAUCUAAUAGCCCUAAUAUGGACUUAUGUGAACUGUAUAAUAAUGUACCAAAAAGAAAAUGGGAAGAUAAAAGUUGUAUGCAAAUAAUUGGAACAGUAACUAAACCUUUAUUUAUAAGACACUUAAUAAUAAGUGUAAUAUUUGAAACAGGCUUCAUGAUGCAUGGAAGAACAAUUUUUUAUCUUGCAGUAUCACCAUCUAUAUGGAAUAGAUACACGUGCUGCAAAAAAGGAAAUUUAACUCCACAAAUUAUGUUUAAAAUACUAUUUAAUUCUACAAUGUUUGGAACAUUAGAUAGAAAAGGGUUUCUACCAUGGCAACGAAUCAGAAAAUUAAAGACUAGUAAGUUUGGACCUGAGGAUGAUAGUGAAGUAUUAUUUGUUGUUAAAUUAGAACCAAACUCAAAUCUUUUAUCAUUAUUUGGUGGAAGGGAACACCUGAUAUAUUUUUGGCAUUUUGUUCGACAGUAUUUAUAUAAGCCAUCAUCGACGAUAAUACCAACACUGGAGAGAGUAAUACCAGGUUUUGGUGAAAGAUUAGUAAAAAAAAAUUAUAAUAUAUUUACUCAGUUUAGGGAAUUGAAUAUCGAUCAAAUCAUUGAUCUUUAUACGGAGUUUAAAUCUUGUCCAGAAUUUAAUGGAAGUUCCUUUUUACCAAGUGGAGAUGAUAUUAGAAGAAUAUAUGAUCCAUAUAUGGAAGCAGAAUGAAGUUAAUCAGUUAUGAAUGUGAUGAAGCACUUAAUAAACAUAAAAUACAGAAAAAUA